AGACUUCAUAAUGCUGAUACCCCCAUAUAUACGGCACAGAUAAGGGGUUGUACUAUUGUACUAGAAAUGCAGUGUGUGUCUGGCAGCAUGCUGAUGGCGGGAGUCCUCUACGUGCUUUCUAUGAGACCGGGGCUCCUCUUCUAGGUGACGGGUAUAGCGGUAACAUAUACUGUAGACUGUACUGUAUAUAGGGCUCCACGUAUAGAGCGGCUGGUGUGAGCUCCAUAGUGAGCGGUGUUCUUGCCGAGCGUCAGUCUCCUCCUCCUCAUGUCUCCAGCAGAUGAGCUGCAGCCUCCGCCAGUGAUGGAGCCGGACACACAGUGACCCUUCACCGCUCCCUGGUGCCCGCACACAUCUGCCGCACACCCAUACCGGGCACCUGAGGUCGGGAUGCAGGAGGAGCGGGCGGCUGACAAGCCUGAGGACGAGCCGGGGGAUGGUAAACAAGAGCCGGGGGAGGAGGGCACAGCCGCUCACCCAGACACCAGGACGGACUCGGACAGUGUGGAAAGCGGUGAUACCCCGAGCCCGCCGACCUGCAAGAUCUGCUUCCAGGGGCCCGAGCAGGGUGAGUUACUCAAUCCUUGCCGCUGUGAUGGAUCUGUGAGAUAUACACAUCAGCUUUGCUUAUUAAAAUGGAUUAGUGAGAGAGGAGCGUGGACCUGUGAACUAUGCUGCUAUAGAUAUCAUGUCAUAGCUAUUAAAAUGAAGAAACCUUGUCAGUGGCAGCGCAUUACGGUUACACUGGUGGAAAAGGUUCAAAUGAUCGCAGUCAUUCUUGGAUCAUUAUUCCUAGUGUCGAGUGUGACGUGGCUUCUGUGGUCAGCCUUUAGCCCUUAUGCCGUAUGGCAAAGAAGGGAUAUCCUUUUUCAAAUCUGCUAUGGCAUGUAUGGUUUUAUGGACCUGGUAUGUAUAGGUUUAAUUAUCCACGAAGGAGCAGCUGUUUAUAAGGUCUUCAGGAGAUGGAGAGCUGUCAACUUGCAUUGGGAUGUGUUAAAUUACGACAAAGCAACAGACAUAGAAGAAAGCAGCCGUGCAGUGCCUUCAACCAGCAGGACAUUGUGGCUACCAUUAACUGCAUUCCGACCUAGGACCUUGGUUCAUUCUACACGAUUAAGCUCUCCCAGAUUGCAGUGUGGAUAUGUAUUACUACAUUUGUUUAACAGAAUGAGAACUCCUCCAGAAGACUCCAUAGAGGACAGUACGUCUGGUGAGGUUGUAAUGAGAGUGACCUCUGUAUAAGGAGUUGGGAUGACCACAAACAUUC